CAAGUCAUGGUCAUGUCAAAGGUCAACAAACUCUUCGGUCAUAUCAUCAACUCUUGGCACAACUCAUCAUAGAGACAACGCACAAAGGAGGCGUUGAUAGAGGCCACAACAACCUGGCCAGCAGGCGAAGUACGAUAGGAGGGAAAGUUAAAAUGACCCCGUGUGGUUGCGGACCGCGCUAGGUCUGUCGUGCCUGAAGAAGCCCUGUGCGCCGUAAAGAGGCUGCCUGCUUGAGUGUUUCAAAGCUUGACCGUGUUUUCUGAUUACAGGCGCCUGCUUGAACCAAAGAUCCCCAUGUUCGACGAACUGGUCGUUACGGUUCCCAAGCUCGCGAGCCUUCCGCUGAACGUGCCUCUCUCCGUGUGGAUGUCCAACUUUGUAAGUGCCACCAAAUUAUGGUUACGUCUUGUCGACGGCAAGAAUCCGUACAUAAGGCGCUUCGUGCGGGGCUGCGAGACACACCUGUACGGCGUCGAAAUAGGCCAGUACUGCGUGGCCGACACCAGGCCCUCUGUAGCCGACCUGGCACGCGCCGUGGUCACCGACGUGUUUCGCGAAACGGGGGACUUACAUCUGUCGGCUGAAGUUUUGCUCAUCGAUCAUGGUCACACGCUUGUCCUGGGUAUGGACAGGCUGUUCCCGCUCGCCGAAGUAGAUGCCACUACACCGCGCGUUGCCAUCCCGUGCAGUCUUCACCGCGUUGCGACCCGUACCCGACACCUGCCCAAGUUUCACCUACCGCCGGAAUCUAAACUGGAGGCCGUAUUCGUCGGGGUCUCGGAUAUGGGCACGUACCAGACGAGGCUGUUCAUUCGGCGAAAGCAGGUGGACGGCACCCUCGCUAAAUUUGACGUUGCCAGAUAGUUCAUUGGUGCGGAAGAAAUGACCGGUAUAUCGUACCUUCGGCCGUGGUCCUUCCCGCGAUAAUUUAGUGGAACAGUGCAUGUACCUGAUGAAAUGAAGUACUGGACUCUUAACUCUGCUGCGAGAUACGCGAGUUGGUAGCUAAAUUUGAAGUUGACAGACGGGAAACCGACUACAUGCUUUAACUAUAUCUUGUGAUAUCCAGUCAUUUUAUAACUUCAGAACUUGAAAAAAAAAGUGUCAGCAGUUAUAAAUGUUUACACUGAUUGUAACUUACAGUAGACACAUGUGAAGGGAAAGUGUGAAAUGUUUUAAGUGCUUAUAAAAUGCCAAAGGUUCUAUUUCUGAAAGUUGUUAAUCAAUCAAGCUAGUGUUGUUUGAGUUUUGUUGGUUCAAUGUAUUUUGUAUGUAUGUGUAUUUAAAUAUCAGUGUGAAAAAGUGAAUGGUUAUGCUGGGAAAAUGCAAUAGCCGUUCUGUGCAAUAAGUAUCUUAUGUGAAGUGUCAGAGGUUAUGUGGAGUGCAGUGCACUCUGAAAUGGACCGUUAUGUAGAUUAUGCGGGCUGAAUGAACAUACUAUGUAUUCUGAUUCUGUAGCUGGAAAAGACAGCAUUUCAAUAGCAUGUUAUUAUAUGGUUGUGUACAAUGCAAUCUAUUCUGAAAUAAAACACCAUGGUAAUGUUCUU